GGAUGUCAAUAAUACGCAAUAAUUUAUUUUUAAACAAUGUAAAAUGUUAUUCGAGUCGAAUAAUUUGACCAAAGCGAAAUAUUUAGAUUAUUAUUUAUAGAUAGCCUUAGCGGUAAUUUAAACUACACAGUACAAUCAAUAUAAAAUAAAAGGAUUUGCAGUCUAAAUUGAAUAGGAAUGGAUCCCGUAAGAACCGAAGUUAGUUUUAAUCAAAAUGUAAUUGAAAGAGUUAUAUUAGACCUUGCUGAUGCAUUUGAUAUCAGAAUAGUAUGGGAUGGUGAGACAGCCCUCUUAGCUGGAGUAAUGGCCUUGGCAGGUGGUGUGAUUGGUGGUUAUGCAGGAGGCAAGAUGGGAGCAGCUCUGGGAGUUGGUAUAGGGGGUGCAGCAGGUGUUGGAGCCUCAACUGUUGUGCACUUGCAUGAAAUUUGGUCAAGAGUUAAAGAACAGCUGAAAGAGCUUGUAUAUAUUGUGUUCAACUACUUGCGGAGACUAGAUCCUGUUGACUAUGAACGAGGUAUUGCAAUACUAAUGGCCUGUACAUCAAGUCGGAGAGAACUGGUUUUCACUCUUUUAGAUUUUAUUGCUCACAAACUGGGAAAGGAAGUAAUAUCUAGCAUAACAGUAUCUUAAUUUGAGGUAGUUAUAAGGUUGUUAUGACAUGAGCUUUAUUUUCAAGAUUCAAUUAUGGGUUGUGUUUCUAUAAAUUAUUUAGUUAUUAUUAUAAAAAUUAUUGUAAUUUUAAAUGAGAUCAUAGUAACUUAUGAUAUUUUUAGAUGAGUAUGGACCUAUUGUGUAGAUUAUGUUUAGUCCAAAUUUUAUGUGUUAACAAUAUGAUUUGACUUAAAACUUUAUAAGACUUGUCUGGCUCAGAAAUCUGACAGAACUGCACACAAAGUUGCCUCUAAAAAUAAAAUGAUAGAAAAGUCUGAUGAAGUCUAAUUUGUAUAUAAAAGGAAACAGGUGUAGCACUGUUAAAUUUUUAUUUAAUAAUUUUCAUAAAACAGAAUGUAUUGUAAAUA